CACUUACCAUCAGACAGAAGGACUCAGCUCACAACAAUCAUCCACACCAGGAGAAAGAGUCAAACUUGAGCCUCUCAAAGCCUCCUAAGAUGAAGACGUUCAGUGUUGCAGUUGCAGUGGCCGUCGUGCUCACAUUCAUCUGUGUUCAGCAGAGCUCUGCUGUCCCAGUCACUGAACAGGAGCAGGAGGAGCCAAUGAGCAUGGACUAUCCAGCAGCAGCACAUGAGGAGGCAUCAGUGGACUCAUGGAAGAUGCUGUAUAACAGCAGACACAAGCGUGGCAUCAAGUGUCGCUUUUGCUGUGGCUGCUGCACCCCCGGUAUCUGUGGAGUUUGCUGCAGGUUCUGAGGAUUCCUGCUCCCACAACCACUCAGUAUUAACAAACUGUAUGUCACAGACAAUGUGUGAGAUUAUACUGUUUUAGUCACAUUGUGUCCUCAGUUACUGCCUCAACUACAUGCUUGUAUUACACAGUUUAUCACAAUAAACUUUAAGGACAUUUAAA